AAGCGCGAGAUGUUGUUCACACAAAAACACAACCCCGGACCCACAUCACACCUAGAGCAACCCUGCGGGAGAACUUCUGUGGUUCCGCUAGACGUCAAGAAAGACAGGAAGAAACCAGUGCCAAGUAACACAAACACCGAAGCUGCAGGCUGUGGCUGCAGCCAGCACAAAGGACAGACAGCCCCACAACACACGCCUCUCCACGCACCACACGCUCCGCCAAGCGCGCCUCGCCCAGCAACGCGGCGCGCAAAGGCGCCGUGCACGUACACGAUGGACUGCCGCCGCUCCGGCACCGACGGCCCGACCGACUCCACCCUGAGCCGGGUGCCUGCUCGGCAGCGUGUGGUAGGUGCACGGUGGGCGGCGGAUCGGCAGUGAGGCUCGCGGCGGCGCAGCGUAGGCGCGCCUAGAGCCACACGGGCCGCCGACAGCCCCCCCCCCUCCUUUCAUGACGGUCGCUCUCGCUGUCGGCCGAUGAACCCUCGCCGCCACCGCACCAGCGACACCAGCGACACCGGCCGCGGCUCGCCUCCACGCGCCGGCUCGGAAGAGGGGCUGUCGGCGGCGCAGCAGAGCGGCUCGCCUCGGCGCUCGAGCCGCCGACAGCCCCACUCCUCGACGUGACGGCCGCUCCCGGAGCCAGCCGGUGCGCGCCCGACCCACGCCCCCUCUCGCACCCCUCCGACCCCCCCUGCGCGGCGCACCUAUCCGCUGUGCGCCGGCUCGAACGCCUAUCGCCAAAUCGCGACGUUUGAGCGCAGCGCACGCGUCUCACACGUCACGCGCGCGCAGGAGAGCUUGCGGCGGUGCUGUAGCGUGUACUCGCCGAGGGCAUCGCGCCGAAAACCCCGCGCGUUCCGCCCCAGCAGAGGCUGCAGCCGAUGCGACAAAAACACCACUGUAAAACG